AUGAGUUGUUAUCACGUAGACUGCUACGACACGCUACAGCCUGUUAAAACACGUUACAGCCUGCUACGACUCGCUACAGCCUGCUACGACACACUACUACCUGCUACGACUCGUUACAGCCUGCUACGACACACUACUACCUGCUACGACUCGCUACAGCCUGCUACGACACACUACUACCUGCUACGACUCGUUACAGCCUGCUACGACACACUACUACCUGCUACGACUCGCUACAGCCUGCAACGCACGCUACUACCUGCUACGACUCGCUACAGCCUGCUACGACACACUACUACCUGCUACGACUCGCUACAGCCUGCUACGAGGCGCUACAGCCUGCUACGAGGCGCUACAGCCUGCUACGACUUGCUACAGCCUGCUACAACAAGUUACAGCCUGCUACGACUUGCUACAGCCUGCUACGACACGCUACAGCCUGCUACGACACGCUACUACCUGCUACGACUCGCUACAGCCUGCUACGAGACGCAACAGCCUGCUACGACACGCUACUACCUGCUACGACACGCUACUACCUGCUACGACACGCUAUAG